AUGAGUGUGACUAAAACUGAACAAAAUAAUGUCAAGAAUAUAGAAGACUGUUUAAAAGAGAUCUUUUUAGUAUUGAAAGCUGCUGAUAAGACCAUCAAAGUUCUUGAAACACAGAUUCCAAUUGAAUUCGAAGAAAGUAUACCUACCCAAAUCAGUGAAUCUUAUCAUGCAUUAGUUGAAGAUUUAGGUAAAUUUGAGUCAAAUACUGUGCUGGAUAGAAUUGAAAAGUCAUAUUACAAAUCAAUAUAUUCAUUAUACCAUGAUGUCAGGUUAUCAGCCUAUAUUUCCUUACUCAAUGAAGAAAUUGGAAGCCCACAUUAUGUUGACAUUGAUAGAUUUUAUAAAUUUGCAACUGAAUUCAUAUUAAGAGAAAGUUAUAGACUCCAUAUACAGAUUUCUGAACUAGAGGAAGCUGACAAAAAGGCAUUGCGUGAAACUCCACCUUCUGAUUUUGAAGAGACAUUGUCUCAAGACUUUGUCAAGAUUUCAACAACAUAUUCUUUAGGUAAUUCAGAAGCCUUCUUCAUCAUCACACAAAACAAUGUUCCAUUAUUUUCAUCAUUGAAUCAACGUUCCUCAUUAGAUGAAAGAGAAAUUUUGCCACCUGAAGCAUUCUCCACCACAACUGUUGUUCCUCAAGCUGGAUCAAUACCAGCUACAAAUUUAGGAUUCUUAUCACCACAGGUUGGUCGUAUUCCACAACCAACUUUACCACCAACUGAAAUAUUGAGUAGGUUUUUGCAUCCAAAUUGGUACUCUUUGCCAACUGCUAAAUGGUUGGAAGGAAGUGAUUUACAAAGUUUUGCCCCAGUUAUAGAUGAGCAAAAUACAGUUGUUACUUCACAAGAUAAAGGUCGUCUAUGGCUUGAACAAAUUGGUUAUACUAAAUUUUUUGAAAAAACCAAAACUGAGGAUAAGAAUGAGGAAGUAGAAACAAGUAAAGAAGAUGUCGAUGUUGAAAUGAAUGACGUUACAAAAGAAGAUGGAAAAGAUGAUGAUCAAAGUGAAGAAAUUGGAACUAUAAGUCUAGAUAAUUUGUAUGAAUGGGCACCAGGUAAUGAUAUUGAUGAUGAUGAAAUUGAAGCUUUUGAAAAAGGUACUGAAUCACAAUUUGUAAAUGAGAUUUUAAGCAAAUUACAGGCAUUGAAAAAGAAAAGAUUGUCAGAAAGUACUGAACUUUCAUACCCAACAGAGGAAGAAAAAAAGUUAUAUCAUAAAGCAAAUAGAAUAUUGAGAGAAAUAAUAUUGAGUUCGGGACACGUACCUGAUUGGAAACCAUCACCAUCAUUACCUAUCCUACAGACAAAUUACAGUGGAACAUUACCUGUUCCUACUCAAAAUAUAAAUUCCAAAAAGAAGAAUAAAUCAAGAAGAUGA